AUGCCUCACCGUUGUUCAGCGAAAUCGCAGCUGAGAUUCGUUUUCUUGCCGACUCGUGCUCUUUCCCCAUACAUCUCAUCCCUUCCGGCUCUAUCCCGUCCAUCGCACUCGCUUCCGUGGUCUACGCCUGUAGCUGGUCACGCAUAUCACACACGCAUCCUUCCCCGCCACCGCGUUCCCUCGCUUAAUCAUCCUCUCCCCCACCUGUCUGCCACUGUCUCGUCGUGUCCCGAGCAGCAAGCCGUGUCGCGCGUGUCCAUGGCUGCGACCGUGAGAUCGCGCGUGGUCGCCGCGUCCUUCAUGGCGCCGGCUCGUUCCUCGGCGUCGUCCCUCGCGGCGUCGUCGUCGUCGCUCAUGUCGCCGCUCUCCGCGGCGUCCCUGGCGCCCGCCACCACCCGCCGUCAAGUCUCGUCCUUCUCCACGGCGCCCCGCGCUCAGGCGGGGGCGGAGCCGACGGUGACGAGCAAGGUGUAUUUCGACGUGGAGAUCGGCGGCAAGCCCGCUGGUCGCAUCGUGCUGGGGCUCUUCGGAGAGAACGUGCCCAAGACCGCCGAGAACUUCCGCGCCCUCUGCACCGGCGAGAAGGGCUUCGGGUUCAAGGGGUCGGCGUUCCACCGCGUGAUCCGCGACUUCAUGAUCCAGGGCGGCGACUUCACCGCCGGCAAUGGCACGGGCGGCAAGAGCAUCUACGGGCUCAAGUUCGCCGACGAGAACUUCCAAUUGAAGCACACUGGCCCCGGCAUCCUGAGCAUGGCGAACGCGGGCCCCAACACGAACGGCAGCCAGUUCUUCAUCUGCACCGUCAAGACGCCAUGGCUGGACAACAAGCACGUGGUGUUUGGGCAGGUGUUGGAGGGGUUGGACGUGGUGCGCACCAUUGAGGGCCAGCAGACGGACCGCAUGGACCGGCCCAAGGCCGCGUGCGUCAUUGCCGACUCGGGCGAGCUCCCCAAUUAA